CUAGCUGGGGCGGAGCCUCGCGUCCCCUCCCGCGUCCGGCCGCACCCUUCCUCGGGGCUUCAGAGGACUCCCGGUCGCUGCUGCUGCUGCGGCGGGUGCUCAGUUCCUGCGGGCGCCAGCCCCGGCGGAGCGGAGCGGCCGCACUGCGCUCCGGAGGCCGGCGCGCUCCCAGCCUCCGCCCUGACGCGGGGGCGCGGGCCCGCGCUUGCGCAGCGCAGAAGGGGCGCGAGUGGGGACCCCCGGGCGGCGCGUGCGCGGACCGGGCCGCGGGCAGGCGCAGGGAUGAGCCCCGCGCCGCCGCAGCCCCGCUGAAGAGGCCCGGGGUCCAGAGGGGCGCGGGCCGCCCGCGCUCGGCCAGGCCAUGGCGUUCCUGGCCGGGCCGCGCCUGCUGGACUGGGCCAGCUCGCCGCCGCACCUGCAGUUCAACAAGUUCGUGUUGACCGGCUACCGGCCGGCCAGCAGCGGCUCGGGCUGCCUGCGCAGCCUCUUCUACCUGCACAACGAGCUGGGCAACAUCUACACGCACGGGCUGGCCCUGCUGGGCUUCCUGGUGCUGCUGCCAAUGACCAUGCCCUGGGGUCAGCUGGGCAAGGAUGGCUGGCUGGGGGGCACACACUGUGUGGCCUGCCUGGCACCACCUGCGGGCUCUGUGCUCUACCAUCUCUUCAUGUGCCACCAAGGGGGCAGCCCUGUGUACUCUCGGCUCCUGGCCCUGGAUAUGUGCGGGGUCUGCCUCGUCAACACCCUCGGGGCCCUGCCCAUCAUCCACUGCACCCUGGCCUGCAGGCCCUGGCUGCGCCCCGCCGCCCUGGUGGGCUACACCUUGCUGUCAGGUGUGGCUGGCUGGAGGGCCCUCACCGCCCCCUCCACCAGUGCCCGUCUUCGAGCGUUUGGUUGGCAGGCCGGAGCCCGCCUCCUGGUGUUUGGGGCCCGGGGAGUGGGACUGGGCUCCGGAGCUCCAGGCUCCCUGCACUGUUACCUGCGCAUGGAUGCCCUAGCCCUGCUCGGGGGCCUGGUGAACGUGGCCCGUCUGCCAGAGCGCUGGGGACCAGGCCGCUUCGACUACUGGGGCAACUCACACCAGAUCAUGCACCUGCUCAGUGUGGGCUCCAUCCUGCAGCUGCAUGCGGGCGUCGUGCCCGACCUGCUCUGGGCCGCCAACCACGCCUGUCCCCCAGACUGAGCCAGCCUGCCGGUCUCCUAGGGCCACCACCACCACCAGGCUCCCUCCUUCUGCUGGUCUGCAGGGGACUGGCUCCUUGGAUGCCUCCCAGCUGUUCACCCACCCUUCCCUGUGGACUAGCCUCUCCUGCCCACACCUCGGAGCUCCAGCCUUCCAGGGCAGUGUCUUCCUGUGCAGCUAGGACACCGGUCCUUCUAAGGGCCAGUUUACCCUCCAUGACCUGUGAGGGUGGGGCCAGAGGGACGCUGGGGUCUGUCUUGCUCUGACGGCUGGAGUCCUGCCAGCCCAGGGCCUCAGCCCCAUCCUGCCCCUCUCAGACCGUUACAUAAGGUACCUCAUAGGUGGCUGGCCUGGCCACCAGUCCACGGCUCCUCCAUCUUUUGGCCCUGCAUGCCAGCCCACCCAGCAAUGCCAGGCUCACCCACCCCCUCUUCCUUCUGUGCAGAAUGGAGUGAGGGGUUUGGACAGCAGGACUACCCACUUAUCCCAGGACCAAGGGGCAGGAGGCCUGCGGCUGCUGCUUUUCCCAGGCAAUGCACAGAUGUCAAGAGCCGAGUGGCCCUGCACCACUGGGCUAAGGGCCCACCCUCCA